ACCCAAAGAGGAAUAGUUUUUAGUAAUUUUUAGUAAUAUCUGUGAACGUCAAAAUCAAAUUUGACUUUGACAAUUGACAUUUAAUACAUAAACGAGUUUGACAUUUGUUUGACCUUUUAAAUUUUUUAAAGUGGGAUACAUAGUAGGAGCAAAGCGUGUAAGCCGGUAUUAAAAAAUUGCAAGAAAAUGUUUAAAUCAGCUGUUUUUAAUCUUCAAGAAGCUACACCGGACCAAGUGAAGGAGUUUUUAAAUUCUUUUGAUACAGUUUUGAGUGAUUGCGAUGGUGUAUUAUGGAUUAAUAAUAAUGCUAUCCCUGGAUCUCCUGAAGCUAUGAACUAUUUCCGCAAGUUAGGAAAAAGGAUAUUUUAUGUAACCAACAACUCCACUAAAAUCCGCAGUGACUUUGCAGUGAAAGCCCAGGAGUUGGGAUUUAUUGCUGAGCCGGAAGAAAUCUUGUCAACUGCCUAUUUAGUAGCACAUUAUCUCAAAGGAAUUGGAUUCACAAAAAAAGUGUAUCUUGUAGGUUCAAAUGGAAUUGGUGAUGAAUUAAAAGCUGUUGGAAUAAGGCAUUUUGGUGUUGGACCAGACCAAGUGAAACCAGACUUCAAGUCCAUGUCCCCAUCGGAUAUGGACCCAGAAGUUGGUGCUGUAGUGGUGGGCUUCGAUGAGCAUAUAAGUUACCCCAAGUUCAUGAAGGCUGCAUCAUAUCUCGCAAAUGAGGAUUGUCUAUUUGUAGCGACCAACACCGACGAAAGGUUCCCCAAGUCCAGCUCUAUUAUUAUACCAGGAACGGGAACUCUAGUAAGAGCGGUUGAGACAUGUUCGGAGAGGAAGGCAUUGGUACUGGGGAAACCAAAUGAUUAUGUUAGAAAAUUCCUUGAGUCUUUCGGUUUAGAUCCUGCAAGGACAUUGAUGAUUGGUGACAGGUGUAACACAGACAUAGAGUUUGGUGUGCGUUGCGGUUUCCAAACUCUAUUGGUUAUGACAGGUGUCACGUCUGCCAAAGACUUGGAAAAAAUUAGAAACGACAAAACACCGCCACUGCCAGACGUUGUACUGCCCAAGUUAGGGGAUAUACUCAACCUGACAUCUUCAUAGUACAAUUUUAUCGUGAUAAACGAAUUAUAGAUCAAUUUGUCAAUGAAAAUGUGAUAUGUUUAACAUUAUUUUUUUAUAUUGUUUAUUUGUUCAAGCAUGUAUUGUUAAUGCUAAAUCACUAUAUAAAAUUAACUCAGCCAUUUAGGUUUGUUUUCGAUUAUUAAAAUUUUCCGUUGAAUCUUUGAUAGCAAGGAUUUAUGACAAUAUUGUAACAAUUAACAUAUUAUAGAUGGUAACAUUAGAUACAUGGUAGUAGGUUUUCAAAUGUUUUAUUUGAAUAGUUUUGUACAAAAUAAACACUAAUAAAGGCCCGUUUAUAUAUACAGACACAGUGCGUCACAGACAAGUAGCAUGACAGACAUCUACAGACACCGUCUAUUCAUACUGCCCAGCAGAUAGAGACACGUAAAGUCCUUUUCACGAAAAAAAUCCCCAGACGCGGCGCUAAUGUCAUAAUGGCGCUUAUUGUCAUUUGGUAAUGGCGGUCUUAUUGUCAUAUUUUGUGUAAAGCGCUGUCAAUUUUAGUUCAGGUUUCAUGAAAAGGACUCUACAGGCAUGAACCGCGCAGACAAAAUAUUCUUUCCGCGAAUACUGGCCGGGCGCGGCUCGUGUCUGUCAACGUCUGUGCGGCGCGUUACGAUAGAUAUAUAAAUGUUAAUAAACACUGUAUAGAAGAAUAUUAUUUUGUCUGCCACGGCACGUGUCUGGCACGCUAAAUGUUUGUAGAUAUAAAUGGACCUUUAGGCACAUGGAUAGUUACUUAUGUCAUAGUCCUAAAUUCUUAACAUAGAUUGGGCUUUAAUAUAACAAUAUAGAUAUUAAUGCCUCGUUGUAUCUAUUAGUUCUUCUGCUAAAAAUCACAACCAGUAGGCCAAGCAUGCGACCAUCAAUAUAUCAUGUAUUGACUAAUAGCGGUGAAAUCGAAAAUAUCGCUGUCUCUUUCGUUGCGUUGGGACAAAGAUGAAAGCGAUAUUUUGAUUCCGCCGCUAUUGGUCGACAAUGUAUUUUUCACGAGAUAUGCAGUCGAUGCAUGUUGGGUAAGUCGCCAGAUUGAAAUUGUUUAUUUCAACGAGGUAAGGUUAGUUUACUAGCACCUUUGAAAUGUCAGUCGAUUUAUGUUGUUAACAUGAGUUUCGCUACCAUACAAGCUGGUAUCGGUCGUGAGGAUAUUAGGUACUACACUGGAGCUCUCGUAAAGAAAUUUCUUUCUUAUUUUAAUAAAUCUUUUGUAUAAAAGUUCCUACAUAUUAAAUACCUACCUAAGUAUAUGUUGUAAUAGUACAUUAAGUUAAAAGUGCGAUAAGUUGAAAAUUAGAGCUGAGGCGAUAUUGCAGCUCGAGCCAAAGGCGAGAGCUAUAGUAAGGAAGCAGAGGCUGUAAUUAUCAAAGCGCACGUAUGUCAUACGAAGUUUUAUAACACAUAUGCACUUUGAACACACUUUCUGAAAAUAAAUUUGCAUCUUUGACUGUUUUCCACAUUGAUAAAAAUCUACGAUCGAUGGUUUUCCAUAUGAUGACAUUUUGAUACGCUUGUCAUUUUUGCACAGAUAUUAUAAAGGCGAAAGUUUGUGUUUAAGUGUGAAAGUGUGUAAGUAUGUUUGUUCCUCUUUUACGCUGCGGCUACUGAAGCGAUUUGGCUGAAAUUUUAAAUGGAAAUAUAUUUUACUCUGGAAUAACACAUAGGCUACUUUUCACCCCAAAAAAAGCCAUGGUUCCCGCGGGAUUUGUGAAAAAUUGAAUUCCACACGAACGAAGUCGCGGGCGUCCGCUAGUAUUAUAUAACGGCACAUAUGCAUUUUACAUUACCAUACGGCACGUGAGAUACAUUACGCGAUUGAAAUUGUUGAAUUAAGAAUUACUUUACGAGCAAAUGUGUUAUAAAAUAAUAUAUAUUGCUACAAUACUUCACAAGUCUGUAUGAACAAAAAAAUCCUUGUUUAGAUAUAGCUUUGCAAGCGAGAGCAUUGAGUAGGAACCACGACAAAACUAUUUAUGUAAUGAAGGUAGUUUAACAUUUUAUAUAAUAAUAUAUUUUAUAUAUUAAUAGCUCAUCAUUGAUAUUGUGUCCUUUUACUUGAAGUUUUAUUACUCAGUAGGUAUUAAACCUCAGUUACCUGUUUCAAUUAAUAUAUUUUUAUAUUAUUAUAAAAUAGUAUUUGCUUACUAUAGAUUAAGUAUUAUUUAAAAGGUGCUAUUAUAAGUAUAUUUUGUGGAAUACAGUAUGUGCUUUAUUUUGUUGCAUUUUAAAAGCUUCGAGUGUUGCCAUUGUUUUCGUUGUUCCCUGUUCUGUCACAAGAAUAUUAUUGCCCUUCAGGGAAAUCUGUAUUGAUAAAAAAAAACAUACAUACAGUCGAACGUAGAACCUCCUCCUUUUUGGAAGUCGGUUAAAAAUAUGUUGAUAUGGUAGAUUUUGUUGACAAAGGGCUGCCAUAUAUUUUUUUUUAAUUGGAAAAUUCCUCGUCCAAUACAGCUACAUAAUUAAUCCUCAGGGUAUGCAUUGCGUUUAUGCAUCUAUGAAGUGCACGUCACUGAGCGUAGACAUACAAUAUAGACGAAAUCAUGUCAUGAGUCAUGACGCAAUGAACAAUACAUUUUAAGUACAAUAUUUUUUACUUUCGAACCAUACUGUGGAAUAAUAACCAAGUUUGAAACUUGAAAAUAUUGAAUAGGACCAUAGGCGUAUAUAGCAGGUAGGCCGGGUGGGCCGUACCCACCCUAGACUGGAUCUGUGCCCAGGCUUCUGGAUAGGAUUCUGGGCUACCGACAUGUAAUUCGAUUAUGAUAUUAAUAAUAGACUUGAUGUCGGGGGCCAGGCCUAGGAAAUAAUCCAAGAUACGCCAAUGAAUAGGACCUAUUUUUAUUUUAUGGCAAUCCGACAUCCAUAGACCUAAUAAAAAGUUCAGACACCGUCUCCUGAACUAAAAACUGGCGCACCCCAAUGAUGCCAGUUUGCAUUAUAUAUUCGACACGCACACAGAUGCACAUUAAUUUCCUAUAUCUGGCAAUACACUUUAAACUCACUCAUAGAUACUCGCCGCCAUUUAUAGUGCUUCAGUUGCAGCGAUAUACCGUCUGCCUAUUUUAAUAAUCUAUGCCGGCAUGCUUCAUUUAUGUAUUGCAUUCCUCAAUUUUUUUUUAUAUUUUUGUAUACUCGCAUAUAGAUACAAAUAUGUAUAAUAAAAAGUGUGAUUAAACGAAGUGUCUAUAUUGCUUUAAUUAAUAGUUAGUGUAGAUACAUAAUGCCUAAGGUGCACUAAAUAUAUGUAUACAUAUGAAAAUACAGUAUUCAGAAGACAAAA